AUGACGACGGACGCGAGCGCGGGGCGAAGGGAGGUGAUGCGCGCGCUGCGACGGGCGGCGGCGUCGAGGGCGCGAGCGGUCGAUGGGGAGACGCUGCGACGGGCGUUCGACGCGUUGACGCGCGACGACGGCGAGCGACGCGGCGCGAGGGCGUCGUGCGAAGAGUGCGUCGAGGUGGCGAAGAGCGCGAUGUGGGACGAGGGGAAUGCGGCGCUGAUGAGCGCGGCGCUCGCGGCGGCGGCGGCGGCGGCGAACGCGCAGCCGAAUAAGCCCGCGCCGGCGUGCGUGGAUUUUGAGUUUUUGUGGAGCGUCGUCGAGACGUGGUCGCGAGCGGGCGAGGGGGACGCGCGGAGAGGUGCGAAGGAGGCGUGCGACGCGACGAUGCGGGCGUUCGUGUUGCACCCGAUGUACGCUCGCGCGAUUCCGAAUUUAGUCGCCGACGCGGCGAGCGCGAAGAAGCAGAAAACGAUAGCCUCGACGGACGACGCUCGCGGCGCCGGCGGCGCGCGUUCGUCCGCGCCCGGGUUCAUUUGCGACACCAUCGCACGCGUCGCGCGAGCGGCGGAAAGCAUGGACGUGGACGCGUUGCGCUUGGCGCCUUGGGUCUUGCGAGCGACGUGCGAGCAAGACGCAAACGAGCGUAAACCCACGGCGAGCAGUUCGGCGAACAAGUCGAGUGAAUCGGUGUCAAAAGACGCGCGCGCGCUCUUCGUCGAGCUCUUUGAACCGAUCGCCGCCGCUUUCGUUGCGGUACCGACGGGCGGGAAGGGUGAGCGACGCGUCGACGAAGACGCCGCCUCCGCGCUCGUCGAUGCGCUCGUCGGAUUACUCGACAUUGCCGUCGAUUUCACGAUUUACUCGCCUCUGGAAGACGAAGGUCGCGUCGAAAGCGCGCUGCAGGCGUUCGUGACCAGCAUCGCAACGGUCGUAAAGACGAAUGAGGUGCGCGAUCGAGGUUGGUCCAGAGUCAUCGGCGCGUUGUCAACGUUGGAUUUGCGAUUAGUCGAGCCGCACGUCAAGGUGAUGUUGACGCUCUUACUCGUGAAAUCGCGCGACGCCCGUGAAGAGUGCGUCGCGGUGACGCAAACGAUGAUAAAAGCGUUCGCCGAGAUGCGUCAGCUACCAGAGUUCAUGGAAUCUGUAGGUGAAGUCGUCAUAGAGGCGAUGGCAAACGGCGAAAAAGUCAACGACGCGCUGGCUUCGGAAGAAGUCCUCGUCGCGUUUCAAGACGCCGCCAAGACCGUCCCGCUCAGGCAAACGCCUGAUCUCAUGGUGAUAUGUCGCAAGGCAUUCAUCACCGCCUACGACGGCGACGAGAAGCCCAGCGGUGCGCGAGCGCCGUACGAUUCUUUGGACAAGCUCGCGCGAGUGCUGCAAAGCGCGCUCGGGACGUGUCCGAUUGACGCGGGCGAACCACUGCUGCCAGAAGCGCAAGCGUGCCUCGAAGGGUUUUCGGAAGAUAUCGCGCAGCGUUUGCACUCCCACGUCGAGAGCUCACCUGCCCGCACAGGUGCCUUACUCCGAGCGUACGUGCCCGUAGCAUCACUCCGCCAAGGCUUGAGCGAGGUCGCGGAUGCGACGGCGCGAGAUUCUUAUUUUCGUUCCGAGAGCGUCGACUUGUCCGCCAUCGUACGACAUCUCGUUCGUGAUAGUCCACGUGCGAACCAAGAGCACGAAAACGCCGAGUCGGCGGCGAUUGGAUGCGCCAUACAGCGAGUGAAUAAUUUGUCGCGGCUGCGGUAUCCGCGCGAAGACGUGAGUCCAGAGGAAUCCGCUAAGGCUGGGUCGGAGAUCAAAUCUCUGUUAUCUGCGUGCUUAAAGCUGGUUCCGGAUACUUUGACGACUUCAUACGAUGCGCCCGACUCCAAAACGGAAGCGUGGAAGGUGUUGACUUCCACGAUCGACCUCUGGUACGAACAAGCGACGGAUGCUAGAAUCUUAGACUAUUAUCGAUGCCGCCUCGAGACGGACAUCGAAGGCGAAGGCGCGCUUUCGACAGAAGAGGAAGAUAAGUUUAGCGAACUCGUGGCGACGUUUAAACCAUGGGUCAGGGCGAUUGCGAGCGUUAUCACGCGUGGUGCGGUAGAUUUAACGCGGGAGUUGAAGGAGUCGCUGAGCAGAGAUGACGAUUCCAGCGCGGCGGGAAGAUGCGACGUUUUAGAAGACAUCAUCGCAGAUUGCGUGGAGAAUAAACGGCAAGGCGAGGCGGCAUGCGAUAAAAUAAAAGACUUUUGGAUCGGACCGGCGAGCACGCCCAUCACCGAUGGAUUUGGAAAGAACUGCACGAGAGAAGAUUCGGCGGCGCUGAAGCGAAUGCGAAGAGCCGUGGAUGCGGCUGAGCGCUUGCACUACCGUGCGGUAUCGGAAACCGACGUCCACGAACUAUCUAUCGCGUUACAAAUAGGCGAUUGCGCGAUGUUCAACGCCGCAUCGCUCGGCAUGUCAUCCGCCAUGGAUUUGUGCACUCGCGUGCGCUCGCGCUCGGCGUUUUUAGCCACGCACGACGAAGAUUCGGCGAUGAUUGUAUCUGGGUUGAUCACACGAGGAGGGCAUUACUUGAACGUCACCAACCUGGCGCUUCGCAACAUGCUCGACGUAGAACUCGCGUCAAGGCUCAUCGAGUCGACGACUAGUGCGUUCCAGGCGAGCUUGGUCGGAAGCGCGUUGAAGGUAAAAGCUGCGGUGUAUACGAACGCGGCGACGAACGUGGCGCGUCUUUUAGACGACCGAUUUAUAAACGAAGACUCCAUCGAGCGCAACGUCGCAAACGUCGGAGGUGCGUUCGCUCUAUCGCUGGUAGAGUCCCUAUUCGCGGCGGCGAACGUGGUGCACACGGAGCCCGAGCGGGAGAAGUACGGCUGGGUCGACGGUAAUCCAGAUUUGGACGAGGAAGACGAGCUCACGGACGAGCAAGGCGACGCCAUAGCGCAAUUUUGGGACGCACCUGCGGUGAUGCAAGUUCGUGCGCGUAUUGAGUCUAUGAUUCUCGACAUGAAAAAUGGUCUUGAGAACGGUGAGUUCAAGCCCGUCGCAGAGUCUGUCGAAGUCGUCGCCUCGUGCGUCUCCGCCGCUGGGUUCAUUCUCGCGGUGUCGGCGACGACACUGGAUUACAGCGAGGCGUUCCAUCGCACGUGCGACGCAGAUUUUGUCCAAAACGCGAUCGCGGUUGCGAUUAAAGUCUUGUUGGACACGUCUAACGAACUAUCUUCACGCGGGACGUCGCGACUGGUCAACUUUAUCGGUGCGGCGUGCGACGCGUUGAAGCAGACAGGACCACAGCUCACGUCCGAGGCGCACGCCUCGCUCGUAGCUGUCCUUAUGUUCACGUACACGCGCGGAACGCGCGCUUUAGUGGAUCGUGACGGCGCGAAAAGCGCGACGCCAGCGGCAGAUUUGCACGAAUCGCUCAGUUUGACGAUGUCGGAGCUCGUCUACGGCGCAGGCAAACGUCCCUUGACUGCGAUGUACGACGCGUGCGUCGACGCAUUCAAGACGACAGACGCAGAAUCGCGAAGGGCGUAUUUAUCGUCCGAUCGCUUGGAUGUUUCCCUGGCGGCACCCAUGUGGUGCUUGAUGAAUCUCGUCAAGUCGUUUCAUUUGGGCAAGGCGAUUCGCACGGCGGCGCAGGAAAAUGUUGAGACCGUGAUGGAUGCGUGCAUGCGAGCGAUGACCGUCGCCAUUAGGGUGCCGAACGCCAACGCCGUGGUACAUAAGCUCCUCGAAAUCACCACCGAGUUCGCCAGACUCGGUCCUCGAUGCGAGAUAAGCACAAGAUGCGUGUCGCGCAUGUGUCAGCUUCCGAGCGUCGCGUGCGCGUCGGACGCCGUAUUCGACGACGGCGACGCGAUGACAAAGAUUUUCUGCCAAGCGUGCGAACUCAUCGGCGUGCUGUUGAAGUCUCGAAAAGAUCACCUGCGUCGCGCGGUAUCGGGUAUCACCGUGGCGUGUUCAGAUCUCCUCGCCGCGUUGCGACGAUUUAAAGCCUCGGGCGCGAGCGCCGCCGUCAUGGAAAGCUGCGCCGGUAAGCUCUCCUUCGUGUACGAAUCCGCCGAGGCCAGCGGUCUGGACCGUUAUUGCACCCACUUACUCGCCGACGCCAUCACCGCCAUCACCGGCGGCGGCAUCGGCGUCGUCGCCGAAUCCGCGCUCAAGCCCGGUCUCUUCGCCCUGCUCGACUCGAGCGGCGACCGCGAGCUUCAGCAGCUUCACGCCGCGCUCGGCGCCGGCGCGGGCGGCGCGCGCCGCGUCGUCUUCGCCGCCCUUCGCGAGGAGCACAAGCACACCCACAAGUUCACCGGUCGCGUCGCGCUGUUCUUCGCGGGAACCACGCUGCUCGCGAUGGGCGCGAUCGUGGGACGCUCCGCGGACGCCGCGCGGGCGUCGGCGCUCGGCGAAGGGGCGGGAGGGACGUGCGCGUUGUCGCCGACGGGCGCGGGGGCGAACGCGGCGGCGAACACGUGCGCGGCGCGAUACAUGGAUGAGCUCGGAUUGUGGGACGCGGCGGACGCGGGCGAUAACGUCGAGUUCGAGACGAAGGUGUACGAGUGCAUGAACGAACCGACGGGCGCGCCGGUCGUGGUGCCGCAGGAUGGGGUGGCGAAACCGUUCGCGACGAAGCCGGGUUCGGCGUACGCGUGGAUCUUCGUGCACAUUCCCAAAGCCGCGGGGUCGGUUUUCAUCGAGAUGUUGAAGCAGAAUAAGAACCACGAGACGGUCGUGCUUCACGAGCCCGCGCACCCGGACUUUCUCGUGAAUCCGUGGAGGCCGUUGAAUUCGUUGCAGGCGCGGCACGUUCCGACGAUGUUGAGGACGUUUAAACAAAACCGCGAGUCGAAAUCGGGUACGUUUUCAAAGGAAUUUAUGCACGCCGACUACGACGAAGGCAGACGGAUGUACUUCACCGGUGCGACGGGCAUCGGGAUGUGCGGAACGGUCGACGCGCCGUGCGCGUACAUCACGGUCCUUCGCGAGCCGAUGUCUCGCCUGUGGAGCGAGUACACGUAUUUGUGUCUCGAGGCGAACGAGGGCCACUUGUCGUGGACUGCGGAAGAGAUCGCAGCGGACAAUCACCAGGGAUGCCCAUUGAAUCCCUUGGAGUGGUACAACCAGAAGCGCAGCACGGCGGCGCAGCUCACGGGCUUACUCGGCGCGCGCGGCGGUCACACGCCCUGCGGCGCCGAAGCCGCCAAGGCGAAUUUGGCCUCGUCGUGCGUGCGCUACAUUUUCCAAGACGACAUCGAAAACGGUAUGAAGCGCAUUCGAGAAAAGCUACCGGACCUCGCGCAUCUCGGCGACGACGGCGGGAACAAGCAGUACAUCAGCGGCGCUCUUCUCGAGCAUCACAACGGCAGCGCCGAAAAGCUCGCCCCCGCGCUCGCCGCGCGUCUCGACGCGUACAAAGCCGACCCCACCAUCGUCGCGGGAUUGCGCGCGCUCGUCGAGCACGACAUCAGCGUCUACGAAUUCGCCAAGGCCAAGUACGACGAGCACUGGAGCGCCCCGCUCGUCUCUUGCUAGCGCGUCCCGAGCGUCGGCUGGUUACGGCGCGGCAAUCCGGUACCAGCCGGUACGAGCCGGUACGGAGACGACGACGUCGAGACGCGCCCGCUGGUGACGGUGGUAGGCAUGGCGUGAAUCGCGCGCGCGC